AGCAUGUACCCCUCCCAGCCUUGGUGCGCGCCGCGCCCCCUACCCUCCGGGUACCCAGCAGGGGACGCGCGGACCGGACGUGCCCAGACGGCCGCGAUGGCGCCAGGGGCAGGCGGCCGGAGCUGGGUGCUGGGCUCCUACCCGGGCACUCCGGGUUGGGGCGCGGUCGUCUUUAUGUGGCUCUUUCUUGGCACUUUGUGCACAGCUCCUGCCAGUGCCAUCCAAGUGACUGUGUCAGACCCCUACCACGUGGUGAUCCUCUUCCAGCCCGUGACCCUGCCCUGCACCUACCAGUUGACCACGACCCCCACAGCACCCAUCGUGAUCUGGAAGUACAAGUCUUUCUGCCGGGACCGCAUUGCUGAUGCCUUUUCUCCAGCCAGUGUUGACAACCAGCUCAAUGCCCAGCUGGCAGCUGGUAACCCGGGCUACAACCCCUAUGUGGAGUGUCAGGACAGUGUGCGCACUGUCAGGGUUGUAGCCACUAAGCAGGGCAAUGCUGUGACCCUGGGCGACUACUACCAGGGCCGGAGGAUCACCAUAACAGGAAAUGCUGACCUGACCUUUGACCAGACGGCUUGGGGGGACAGUGGUGUGUAUUACUGCUCUGUGGUCUCGGCCCAGGACCUCCAGGGGAACAACGAGGCCUACGCAGAGCUCAUCGUCCUGGACUGGCUGUUCGUGGUUGUUGUCUGCCUAGCUGUCUUCCUUGUCUUCCUCCUCCUGGGCAUCUGCUGGUGUCAGUGCUGCCCGCACACCUGCUGCUGUUACGUCCGGUGCCCCUGCUGCCCAGACAAGUGCUGCUGUCCAGAGGCUUCCCUGCUUCGUGAUGCAGACAGCAGUGUGACCUCUGAAGUCCGUAGUGGCUACAGAAUUCAGGCCAGCCAGCAGGAUGACUCUAUGCGAGUCCUGUACUACAUGGAGAAAGAACUGGCCAACUUUGACCCUUCUCGACCUGGCCCCCCCAACAGCCGUGUAGAGAGGGCCAUGAGUGAAGUCACCUCCCUCCAUGAAGACGACUGGAGAUCUCGGCCUUCCCGAGGCCCUGCCCUCACCCCAAUCCUGGAUGAGGAAUGGGGUCGCCACUCCCCUCGGAGUCCAAGGAGGUGGGAGCAAGAGCCCCUUACAGAACGGCCCAGGAGUGGCUGGGGGGCCGGGCGUCCCCGGGCUCGCUCUGUGGAUGCUCUGGAUGACCUCACGCGGCCAGGCUCUGCUGAAUCAGGGAGGAGUUCUCCCCCAAAUAGUGGGAAGAGAGGCCGAGCUUAUGCGCACCCCCGAAGCCGCAGCCGUGAUGACCUCUACGACCAAGAGGACCCAAGGGGCUUUCCACACUCCCAGGAACCCCACUUCGAUGACUUCAGGUCUAGAGACCGCCCUGGUGCUGACCCUAGGAACCGCUCCCACCGCCCUCGGGAUGCUCGGAACGAGAGGUCCAGGGACCCGGACCCCCAAUAUGAUGGUCGGCUUCUGGAAGAGGCCUUGAGGAGAAAGGGGCCAGCGGAGAGGAGACCUUACCGGGAGGAAGAGGACGCCUACUACCCCCCAGCGCCUCCCCCUUACUCUGAGACCGACUCCCAGGCCUCACGGGAGCGGAGGCUCAAGAAGAACUUGGCCCUGAGUCGGGAAAGUUUAGUCGUCUGAUCUCCUUUUGUAUGUAGUUUUGUACUUUUUUUUUUAAAUUUGAGGAACUGUUGAUGUUCCUCUUCUAAUAAAAUAUAUAAUCACAAGGCCUAA